UGGCUAUGAUAGCAAGUUUUAUCUCUUUUGCUACUUUAAACUUUAAUCUUGGAGUAGAUUACAAAGGAGGAAGAACCUAUGUAGUAAAAUUAAAAGAUAACGUAAAUCCUACAGAAAUAUCCACUAUUUUAGCUCCUUUAUUAACCCAAGAGAACGGAGAAAGAGUAGAUGUAAAAACGUAUGGAGGAGAUAAUCAAGUAAAAAUUACGACAAAAUAUAAAAUUGAUGAUGAAUCUCCUACCGUAGAUGGAGAAAUUUUAUCUAAAUUAUACACCGGAUUAAAACCGUAUUUAAGUUCGGGAAUUACACAAGAACAAUUUAAUACGGCAAGUUUGGAUCAAGGAGUUCGUUCCUCCUCCAAAGUAGGACCUACCAUUGCCGAUGAUAUUCAACUUCGAGGGUAUUAUGCCAUUAUUCUCUCACUCUUAGGAAUAUUUUUAUACAUCUUAUUCCGAUUUAGAAAGUGGGAAUUUUCUACCGGUGCGGUCUUGGCACUUUUCCAUGAUACGGUAAUUGUACUGGGAUGUUUUUCUUUAUUCUAUAAAUAUACCCCUUUUUCCUUAGAAAUAGACCAAGCCUUUAUCGCUGCUAUUCUUACGGUAAUAGGAUAUUCCAUUAACGAUACCGUAAUUGUAUUCGAUAGGGUACGGGAAAAUUUAGGACUUUAUCUAAAAGAUUCACUUAAAAAAGUAUUUAAUGAUUCCAUUAAUCAAACCUUAGGAAGAACGUUUAAUACUUCAUUCACUACCCUUAUUGUAAUUGUAAUUAUCUUUAUAUUCGGUGGGGAAACCAUUCGAGGGUUUAUGUUUGCUUUGUUGAUUGGGAUUGGAGUAGGAACCUAUUCUUCUACCUAUGUAGCCUCUGCUAUUACCUAUGAUUUAUUAAAAGGAAAAUUGAAAAACAGAGAGCCGAUUAUGAAACAUGUAUUGUUUUUAGAAGGAUUAGCAUUUAGUGAACUGGCUCUAAUUAUAUUGAUAGCACUUUUAAUUUUUGGUCCAAAGAAAAUACCGGAAAUUGCACGAGGACUGGGAGAAGGAGUUCGGAAAAUGAGGCAAGCAACGGAAGAAAUCAAACAAGAAAUUAUGACUCAAACUCAAGAAAAUACGUCUAUUCAAGAAAUAAAAACGGAAAUUGAACAAGCCAAAAAAAGCAUAGAAGAAUUAGACGGUCCCAUAAAACGAAGAGAAAAUCUCAUCAAAACGUACGGAGAUAAACGAGUAGUAAAAGGUGUUUCGUUGCAAGUAGAACAAGGAGAAAUUAUAGGGCUUUUAGGUCCUAACGGAGCCGGAAAAACCACCACUUUUUAUAUGAUUGUCGGGCUGGUACGUCCUACGCAAGGGAAAGUUUAUCUCGAUUCACAAGAUAUUACCCACGAUGCCAUGUAUCGGCGUGCUCAAAAAGGAAUCGGGUAUUUGGCUCAGGAAGCCUCUAUUUUUAGAAAAUUAUCCGUAGAAGAAAAUAUUUUAGGAGUAUUGCAAAUGACUUCGUUAAGCAAAAAAGAGCAACGAUAUAAGGUAGAUUCUCUUAUUGAAGAAUUUUCUUUAGAACAUGUGCGAAAAAAUCGAGGAGAUUUACUCUCCGGGGGAGAACGACGAAGAACCGAAAUUGCCCGCUGCCUGUCGGUAGACCCUAAAUUUAUUCUCUUGGAUGAACCCUUUGCCGGAGUAGAUCCGAUUGCUGUGGAAGACAUUCAAAAAAUAGUUCGUUCCUUAGUAAAAAAAAAUAUAGGAAUCUUAAUUACCGACCAUAACGUACAACAAACACUCGCCAUUACCGAUAAAACCUACAUUAUGUUUGAAGGUAAAAUUUUAAAGUCGGGAAAACCGGAAGAAUUGGCAAACGAGCCUCAAGUACGU